GGGGAAAAAUUUUUUAUACAUACUUAAUGGUUGAAAAAGCAAAGUUCAGAAUUGUUUAAACCACCAAGAAGUAACUCUCCUAACUCCCCAGAAAAAGCCAUUUAUAACAAUUUGAUAUAUCUGUCCAGUUAGGUCCUAUACAAAUGCAUGUGCACAAAUAUAUACAUGUACUCAUUAUGUGCACAUGUAUCUUUUAACAAAACGGCCUCCUUCUGUUUUGCAACUUGCUUUUUUCACUUUGUAUAGACAGUGGUCAGUAUCAAGAUAUAGAUCAAAUUUAUUCUUUAACAGCUUCAUAGUAUACUGCCUGGAUAUGCUGUAAUUUAUAGAUCCAUAAAAACACUUGCUUUGGUUGUCCUCAGUGUUUUACUACCAAGUAAUGCCCCUGUACCAAUAUAUUUAUACUCUUUUAUAUCUUGGCUAAAUUGCAAGAAGGGGAAUGGGUCAAAGACUGAUACUGCCAUAUUAUCUUCCAGAAGUGUUCAUACCAAAUGACUUCAUGGGGUAGAUUUUGACAAGACUUUAAAGCACUAUGUAAAAAUUUGAAGCCAUAAGGUAAAGACAAAUAAAUUUUACUAUGUAAGAACUGAAAUUUUCUGUUAAGCAAAAAUGUCAUUCACAAAGUCGGGGUACUGAGGGCUUUUACCAAAAUUUAAUUAAACAUCUUUAAAACUAGGCCGGGGGAGGCAGGCUCAGAUGGCCCAAGGAGCUGCAGUCGCCCUUCGAGCCCUCCUUGCCGACACUAUGCUCCAGUUCCUGCUUGGAUUUACUCUUGGCAAUGUGGUGGGAAUGUAUCUGGCUCAGAAUUAUGACAUACUUGAAGAAAUUAAAAAGGAUGUGGAUGCCAAGAAGAAACCCCCUAGUUCAUGAGGCUGACUCUAGCACUGCCUCCUGGAUAAACUGAUUCUACUGUUCUUGAGGGCCUCCUUUACCAACUGAACCAAAAGUUUUUGUUUUCAUCUCCAGCCUCAGCAAUUUUCUUCUUUGCUAGACCCUGCAUUGCCUUACAGCACAAAUAGGGCCACAAGUUAAGAAUAACCCUUACUUUUCCAACAUCCUCACUUCUUCCCUUCCUCCUUCCAGCCACUUGGGAGGUCCUGAGAAUGGAAUUAUGGUGCUAGAUUAAUAAACAUGACCUUUAAUUAGUAGUUUCUCCCUUAUUCUUUGGGAUU